AGAUUUCGAGUUGACAACUAUUUUCCAUGCUGAAGUUUAUUGUUGUAUAAGAUGGCUGAAGGUGUGGACGAGGGGAGAUAUGGGCGUGGUGUUCCAUUGAUUCCGAAUCACCACCCUACUGCACCGUCCAAUGUCACAACUAAUUACAGAUCCAAUAUUCCUGUACCACAACCCACAGAAUCCUGGACUCCAUUUAGUGGAAUGCCGAGCAGUCCUGUUGCAUCUACUGGUAUUUUUCCAUGGGAGACUCUGAACACCUCAACCCCGACUAAUGCAUUUACUAAUCAACAGUUACCCUCGAUCUUUUCUUCAGACUAUCCUUACGGACUCUCUAAUGUUUUAAGCAGUGCCUCAGACGACUCUGGAUAUAUCCAGAAUGAAAAUAUGUCCAAUUCUAGUCCUUCUGCAGUUGGUUCACCGAUACAGAGACCUCUGUACCCUACACCACCAAUGAGUGGGGCAGAAAGUCUAGAAUUAUAUGCAGAGGCGAUUAAGCAGUAUCAGCAAGAAGUAGCUGCCAGGCAGUACAACCAGUUUCCUCCUAACCCUCCUAGUCCAGAUUUAUCCAGUCAUCCAUCUUCACCUCAGCCUACCAUGAUGCAAGAACCAACCAUGGUUCAAGACAAAAAGGAGUCUGGAAAACCCACAUAUUCAGACAUUGCUAAGUCAUUGAAAAAUAAACCUAUGCAUAAAGAUGGAGAGAUUCCAAAGUCCAAGUCACCUACGGAGGGUCUUGGUAAAACACAAAGACAGCAAUCAAAGCGAUCUGGAACAUCAAGGGGUCAAUCAGCAAGAUCACAACAUAAUGAUACAGAUGGAAAUUUUGGAAAUGUGGUAUCCCCUGAUUCCAAAUAUGGAUUGGAUCAAUUUGAAGAUAUUGACAGCGGAUCACGAAGUGAUAGAUCCAGUAUUUUAGGCGGUAGCAAUGAGAGUCUGUCGUACCGUAGUCGUCAAGGAAGUACAAGUAGCCUAAGUAGUGGAACUAGUGGAGGCAUCGAAGAUGUUCAUUUUCCAAAAACAUUCAAAAUACAAGCUGUGAAAGAAAAUGAAGUUUGUCCAGAAUUUGAAAGAAAAGAAGAACCGAAAAAAGACCCAGAGAUUGAGAAAAAAUCUGCUUCAGCUCAGAAAGAAAAGCCUGGGAAGUUUUUUGAUCCAAGAAGAAUUUUUGCACCUAAGGAAACAAAUAAGAAGAAGGCAGACAUUAAAGAGAAGCCCAAAGCUGAUACGAUUUUAAACAAUGGGAAGCCAUCUACAACCAAGCCGAAUUCUGCCGCGCAUAAGAAAGCUGAUUACAUUAAUAACGAUUUACGUGAUCCGAGAAAGAGAACCAAUCAGAACACAGCAUCUAGUCAAGAAGAAAAGAAAGUAUUCAGCGAACCUGUUACUCAAAAUGGUGCCCAAUCUGAGAAAAAUAAACCCCAUGGUACUCAGAAGAAAGAAACACCUAAUGGACGUUCUGUGAAAAAAUCUUCUCCCAAUUUUGACUGGGAAGCCAUAG